AUGCAACAUACACAUGCCUAUACACAUGGUGGUGCAAUUGUUGGUAUUGGCGUUGGUAAUGUAAAUGCAAAUGACUUUUCAAAUAGUAGUCAUGGACAUGUCAGCAGCAAUAGUUAUGUUUUAAAUGCUAUACAAACAAGUUUACCACCAAGUAAUAAUAAUAGUAAUACUAAUAGUAAUAAUACAAAUGUUGCUACAACAACAACAGCCACAACGACAACAUCCUCAAUAGGCGAAGAAACAGGUGCGGUUAGUCCAAAUGAUAUGACGAAUACGGGUAGCGGUGGUAGUGGUGGUGUUGCUAGUAACGGUGUCGGUGCUGUUAAUUAUGGUGCAACAUUUUUUGGUAAUGAAUAUCAUCAUCAAUUAACACAAACCGCUUUAAUGGCUAAUACUUCAACUUAUGCCACAUCAGCAGCAGCCAUGCAGGCUUCUGCCAGUACAGCAAUGUUGACAAAUUAUUGUGAUGCUGCCAUGAUGAUGGCAGCUGCUGCAGUAAAUGCAAAUCAAUGUUUGCAACAGCAGCAACAACGUAUCGCUUUAAUGGCUAAUUGUCAAAAUGCGAUUAAUGCCAGCAGUAGCAGCAGCAGUAGUAAUGAUGAACAUGAUUUAACAAGAUUAUCCAAAAACUCUUCACCACUUAACAAUGAACCGUCACUUCAAAGCAAUACAACGGCAACAGCUUUGGUAUCUUCAGCAUUAUCAUCAGCCUCGUCAACAACAUCAACCACUUCAUCAUCUUCGUCAUUGUUGUCGUCGGUCUCAUCAGCUGCCACAACAUCACCAUCUAUAACUCUAGUUAAUACGGCAUCACUUAUAUCGUCAAAUGCUACAACUCUUGAUAUUGCUACUGGUCAUCUUCACCCACAUCAUAUACAUCAUCAUCAUCAUCUACAUUCUCAUCACAAUCAUGAGCAUCUUCACCAUCAUCAGCUUCACCACCAUGUUGAGCCAGUUACGUCACCAAAUUUAAUCGAUAUCAGUGAAGUUCCUCUUAUAGUGGAUGUCAAGUAAUAUAAUUUAUUAUUUAAACAAAAGAAAUUGAAAAAAUCUGAAAAAAAGAAAAUGAAAAAAAAAUUACAAAAAAUAUAUAAAAACCAAAAAAAAAAGAAUUAAAUUAAA